AUAUCUCUCCCGACGAAACACUUUCGUAUAUGCCACCUACAAAAUUGCAGGAUCCGUCGAUUUAUUUGGUUUAUUCCGCAUGCAAACCCUCUCUUCCAGGCCCUCCAUUCUCAUCUCAAUUACCUCUACGCCGCAAAUCAAAGAAUGUACUGACCUUAUCACAGCAAUCAUGUUGAAUUGAGAACCGGUUAUGCUUAACCUCAAAGAAAACCCCCUCUCAAUCAAUCUGCCUUUCCUCAAAGCCGAACGUCUGCCACUGUAGUGGAUCUAGCAUUUUGAGCUUCCUUUUUCAGAAACUAAAUCGGGCUCUAGGUUUCCAGCUGCUCAGUUCUGUUUCUCCGUCAUGGUUGGUGAUACCCCGCGCCACUGACGACGUGGCAACCACCACCACGGUUGUAGGAUUCCAGGGAAUAAGGUUGACGAUCUCGCCCGGUCUAGGCAAGAUCGCGGGGAAUAAGCUGAGGAUGCGGGGGAACGUGAUGCGGGGGAGCGGGACGUGCAAACCGAGGUGGCCCGGGAUUUGGAUCAUCAUCUGAGGAAUGCCAGGAAAUAAGCAUAUGUUGGCAUGUGGUAUUAAAAGAAGGGCGGUUUGCCUCCUUGGUGUACUAAUUCAAUUGCAUACAUGUCACCUCUCCCACCAGUCAGAAUGAGUGUUCCCGGAGCUGCUCUGUCCGAAAAACACGAUGGCGGUUCACAGUCUGAGGAAGCAGAACGCAGCGAGAUCGAGAGGACGGGAGAGUCGUUUGCUCACUUGAAUGAGAAGGCAAUUCUCCGCAAGGUAGGUACCUAACAUACCUAAAGUAUGCCCGGCCAUUGGAAGACCCUACAUGCUGACUAUCGACAGAUGGACAUUCGCUUGAUUCCGAUGCUUGCCCUGCUGUACCUACUCUCUUUUCUGGAUCGUGGUAACAUUGGCAAUGCCAAAAUUGAAGGCCUUCAGGAAGAUCUUAGCUUGACGGAUGACCAAUACAACUGGUGUCUCACAGCCUUUUUUUUCACCUAUGCCGCAUUCGAGGUUCCCAGCAACCUGAUACUCAAAAAGAUCAGGCCUUCUAUCUGGUUGCCAGCCAUCAUGGUUGCUUGGGGCGUGGUGAUGACCUUGAUGGGCAUCGUGCACAACUUUACCGGACUCUUGACAGCUCGCAUCUUUCUGGGCGUUACCGAGGCCGGUCUGUUUCCCGGCGUUGCUUACUAUCUCACAAACUGGUACAAGCGUGAGGAGAUGCAGUUGAGACAAGCCAUGUUCUUCAGUGCAGCUUCCAUCGCCGGCGCAUUCAGUGGACUUUUGGCAUUUGCCAUUGGGAAGAUGGAUGGUGUUGGGGGACUGCAUGGCUGGCAGUGGAUUUUUAUUCUUGAGGGCAUCGCAACCGUCCUGGUCGCCGUCUUGGCUUUUUUCACUCUGCACGACUUUCCCGAGACAGCAACUUUUUUGACCGAGGAAGAACGAGCAUUUAUCGUGUUCCGUCUCAAGUAUCAAGGGCAGAGCAAGGCCGAUGAUUUCAAGUGGAAAUAUGUCAGACAGGCAUUUUUGGAUUGGCAGAUUUGGGUCAACAUCUUUGUCUACUGGGGGAUUGUCUGCCCGCUCUAUGGCAUCAGCUUAUUCUUGCCAACCAUCAUUCGCACGCUGGGGUAUGAGAGCAGCACCGCGCAGCUCAUGACCGUUCCUAUCUACAUCACUGCCGCCAUUCUCGCCGUCAUUGUGGCUUACUUUUCCGAUCGGGUGGGGCGAAGAAGCCCGUUCAUCAUUGUUCCAUUACUUAUUAUGGUUGUUGGGUUUUCCAUGUGCAUCGCCUCUGGAAACCCGCGUGUGGUGUAUGGCGGAGUGUUUAUCGCAGCAUGUGCCAUCUACCCAGCUUUUCCAGGCGUCAUUGCUUGGCUCUCCAACAACUUGGCAGGGUCGUUGAAGCGUUCAGUCGGGAUGGCGGUCCAGAUAGGUGUCGGAAACCUGGGAGGUGCAAUGGCAUCCAACUUUUAUCGGGCAAAGGAUGCUCCCAGAUAUCGACUCGGUCAUGGUUUGGAACUUGGGUUCAUUGGCGCCGGUAUCGUCGCUUCGCUCAUCCUGCUAGUUGGGUAUAGCAGCGCCAACAAGAAGAGGGCAAAGAAGAUUGAGGAUGGGGAUUUGGGUCGUUAUACGCAAGAGGAACUGUCUGAGAAGGGCGACAAGGCCAUUACAUUCCGAUAUGUGUAUUAGAGGUUACAAGUUCAACAGCGAGACCAAAGCGGACAGAAUAUGACACCCAUUCCCACACCGA